AUGGGAGGACAGAAAAUUGGGAACAGGAAACAGGGAGAAUGGGAGAGACUCAAAAAUGGGAGAACAGGAGAUGGUAGGAUGGAAAAACGGGAGACAGGAGAUCGGGAGACGGGAGACGGGAGAUCGGGAGACGGGAGACGGGAGACGGGAGACGGGAGACGGGAGACGGGAGACGGGAGACGGGAGACGGGAGACGGGAGACGGGAGACGGGAGACGGGAGACGGGAGACGGGAGACGGGAGACGGGAGACGGGAGACGGGAGACGGGAGACGGGAGACGGGAGACGGGAGACGGGAGACGGGAGACGGGAGACGGGAGACGGGAGACGGGAGACGGGAGACGGGAGACGGGAGACGGGAGACACGGAAAAAUGGGAAAAUGAAUACAUUCAAUGA